AUGGCCACCUCGCUUGGUAUCCAGGUGCAGAUUGCGCCCCCUCAUAUCCCAGCCAGUUCACCACCAUUGUCCAUCCCCAUUUCAGUGACCGUCCAAAAUCUGAACAAGACCACCCCGCUGACCUUGUUGAAAUGGGGCACGCCUUUUGACCCCCAGGCCAACGUGCUUGGUAUCUUCCACAUACACGACAAAACUGACGACGUCGUCGUCCCUCUCGAUACCAUCAAAGUGUCGCGACUGUUGCCACCUAGGCCAGACGACUUGGUCGAGAUCGCUGCUGGCGCCUCAGUUGAGAACGUCGUUACGCUUCCUCGCGUCCCACUCACCACCGGCCACGAGUAUACUCUUCAAACGAGUGGUUUUUGUCAGGCGGCUUGGAGACUUCCUCUGGAGGAUGUGAAGAUGGAUCGUCUCGAGAAAUUCCAGGAUACAGAGCGGGUAGAAUAUAGUUCGAAUGUGGUCUCCCUUCAGGUGGAUUGA